AUGUCGGAACAGAUAGCCGGGAUUCCAGUUAUCACAGGACGGCGGGUCAUUUGCAUUGGGCUUUCCCCAUUUCUCCUUCCGGCACCUUCACCAGCGCCUCCGGUAAGGGAGGCCGGAGGCAGGCGUCGCAGAGCGCCGGACCCUCGCACACCCGGCUCGGCUGCAGCGUCCCUGCGGUUCCCGGGUUUGCGGACGCACUUCGCGGGGGCGGGCCCCUCAGCGAGGCUGGACGUGGUAACCGGGGCCCCGGCGCGCGGGCCGAGGCGGAGGCGGAGCGGGCUCGGAGCAUGUUUGGCCUUUUGUUCGGCGCUCGAGCGUGCGUCUGGGGCGCAAGCACCCUCGGAACCCAGAGGCGCGCACUGUGAAGGCGACCCCCCCGGGGAGGCGGCGACGGCCCCCGGGAGGACGAUGGCCGGCGCCCGCCCCGCCCAGGCCCGCAUCUCUGCCUUUGCCGUGUGGCUCCUGUGUGCGCUCGGUCUCCAGGGCUUCCCGGGUGCCCUGUGCAAACUGGCGCCUAGGGAGGGCUUCCCCAGCCACCUGCCGCCGCCACCGCCGCCGCCGCAGUCUGGCUCCUUCCGCGAGCUGGGACCCCAUGGCUUCGGAGGGUUCCGGAUCCCCAGGAUCUGGGCGGUCCAGCCCCAGGAACCCGUGGUGCUGAAGGGUAUGAACUACACAAACUGGCACCUGCUGAAGGGCGACACAGAUGUCAGGAUAGAGAGGAAUGAUCCAGACCAGGUGGAGCUGUGGGGACUCAAGGAAGGCACCUACCUGUUCGAACUGACCCUGCUGGACUCAGACCAGCCCGAGAACACGGCCAAUGUCACGGUCAUCGUGCUGUCCGCCAGGCAGACAGAAGACUACUGCCUCGCCACCAGCAAGGUGGGCCGCUGCCGGGGUGCCUUCCCCCGCUGGUACUAUGACCCCAGAGAACAGAUCUGCAAGCGUUUCAUCUAUGGAGGUUGCUUGGGCAACAAGAACAACUACUUUUGGGAAGAAGAGUGCAUGCUAGCCUGCCGGGAUGUGCAAGGGCCCUUGGUGGAGAGGCACAAACCAGUAUGCUCUGGCACCUGUCACCCGAGCCAGUUCCGCUGUGGUGACGGCUGCUGCAUCGAUGGCUUCCUGGAGUGUGACGACACCCCCGACUGCUCUGACGCCUCUGAUGAGGCCGCCUGUGAAAAAUACACCAGUGACGAGCUCCCGAGCAUCCCUUUCUCCAGUGACAAAGGGCACUGCAUGGAGCAGCCAGAUACAGGACUCUGCCAGGAGAGCAUCCCCCGCUGGUACUACAACCCCUUCAUGGAGAGCUGCGCCCUCUUCACCUAUGGCGGCUGUUACGGCAACAAGAACAACUUCGAGGAGGAGCAGCAGUGCCUGGAGUCCUGUCGCGGCAUCUCCAAGAAGGAUGUGUUCAGCCUGCGGCGAGAACCUGCUGUUCCCAACGCAGGCUCUGUGGAGGUUGCCAUCGCAGUCCUCCUGGGCACCUGCAUCGUGGUAGUGGUAGCCAUUCUGGGAUACUGCUUCUUCAAGAACCAGAAGAAGGGCUUCCGCAGACACCACCACCGCCACCACCCACCCUCCACCCCUGCCAGCUCCACCAUCUCCACCACCGAGGACACGGAGCACCUGGUCUAUAAUCACACAACCCGACCCCUCUGAGCCUGGGGCUCUCGGAGGCUCUCGCUUCCAAGCCCUGCCUCCUGCUUGCCAAGACAGAGGCCUGGGCUGGGGAAAGCCUGGGGACCAGACUCCUGCCUGUUUCUCAGGCCCACGCUGCCUCUCAAGCCAGGCCAGGGAGGGUCUCAGCGAGGCCCAGGGCAGUUGUUCCUGAUAGUUCAAGGGCCUGGGAGGAGCACAGAACCUUGGAGCCAUACACAGAUGGACCUACCUGCCUAGGAGUUUGGAGGAAACUGGCGUUUAUUUCCUGUUCAGAUGCCUAUCCCCACCUCCUGGUGGUGUCAGAGCUGGAGGCCUCAACCCUGUCUUCCAGAGCUGCCCCUUCCCUCUCUCCACAGCCCAGGGCCGAGAGGAAGGGCUUCCCUGUAUAGCACGUUCUGUAAAGAGUUGCUUUUUGUAUAUUUAAUGCCUUAGGGGUAGGUGAAGAGGGUGGAAGGUGGCUCUCUGGCCUCUGCCUCCUCUCUGUUUCCCCAAGAUUGAGCCUGCUGCCCUUGACCUGCCCCAAGCCAGCUGGACUCACAGAGUCAGAGUCAGAAGAUGCCCAGCUGCAGCCCCCAGGGCUCUCCAUCACCCCCCGCCCCUCAACUUCCCACCACUCCAGUCCACCCACAGUGUAAUAAAACAGUUCAUUUUGUGGGG